AUGAAAGAAGCUUCUUCAAAGAAGAAAGAACAGGCGAAAGGCGCAUCUUCUAAGGGGGAAGAGAAGUCGAAAUCCUCCAAGAAAAGAAAGCAUAGAUCCCCCUCAGAUGCAAGUUCUCCAAAAAGCCUCCAUCCACAAGAACCCAUUUCAGCAGAACGAACACCUCCAUGUUCGACACAAGAACCUGCUGUCAUGGAUACGGAGGUCAAUCACUUAAGUCUCCCACAAGAACCUGGCUUGCCAGAAGAGACGAGAGAAGUGAUUGCCAACCCGAUUGUUGCUGCUGAUCUUCCCACCGAAAGUUCCCUCCCACAAGAACCUACCCUUGCAGAGCAGGUACCGUAUACUCUGACACAAGAACCUGCAUCGGUAGUUGAGGAUGAAAAAGUGAUCUCUGAAAAGGCUGCUGACCCAAAAGCUGUUGUGACAAUGCCAGAAGCUGCACUAAUCCCUCCAUCAAGAGAUCAACUGCUUCGAGAAUCAAUGGAGAAUGAUUACAAUAGGGUCAUGCAAUGGCAAAAGUGGCGCACAUCUCGAUUAGAUACUCUUCUUGAAACAGCUGAAGCAAUGAAGGGUGAAGAAGAAUUCGCCUUAGAGUGGAUCGGCACAAAAGAUGUAUAUGAAGCACUGCGUCUUGAAACGAUUAGACGAGUGUACUCCUACAAAGUGACCAACCGCACUCUCGGGAAAGAUAAGGCACCUAUUUGUAUAGAGCUCAACAAGCCUCCUUUGGAUCCAGCCUUCGUUGAAGAAAUGAAGGAACUUCGUUAUGCAAUGCUCCUAUCCAAAAUCAAGACUGACUUAGAGAAAUCACACCAAAAUGAUCCAAAUUGCGAUGUCAGUGGAUCAAAGGACGAAAGUGGCAGAGAAAUUGAUGAAGAAAAUGUUUCCGAUGAGAACGAAGAAUCUGAUGACAAUGAGGAAGAAGACGAGGAUGAAGAUGCUGAUGAUGAAGAUAAUGGCGCUGAAGAUGCUGAUGAUGAUGAUGACUCGGGCAAUGAUGAUGAUAACCACAAUGGGGGUGACCCGAACUAUGACAGUGAAUCCCCUCUAUUAGUCAGCCCAGACUAUAACGAACCAUUACCCGAAAGAUCUUUAUCUCAAAACUCAUCGACCCAGGUGAUGACAAAAGGGAAGCAUCACUGA